AUGAUUCUGGCUGGAUCAGACCACUUCUUGGCGGUACCUGUGGAAGCGACUGCAGUUUUGGGUGCCGUUGCCGGUUUUAUAGUGCUCCUGCUAGCUCUCUUCCUUUAUCUGUCCCGGAAGUGGUGCUUCACGCCUCCCUCAUCCACCGCGCUUUUCGGCGGAGUCUGUGUGCCUCUCUGUGAUUCCACCAACAGCUCCACAUCUCAAAUCUCGAAAAGCAUAGGGAAGGCAUUCUCCUAUUCAGAUCCAGAAACAAGCUCCGAUUCAGAGGAAGACGCUCUCCGACGAUUAAAUUCACGUUCACUUCCUCCGCCGGAUACGUUGACUAUCCAAGCGGAGGACGGACCAACGACUAUCUUAGAUGCUGGGACUACUUCCAGUAGCUGCACUGAGGAACACUCUCCUGCAGAUCAACAACAGUGCGUGGUGGAAGUUGGGGCUUCUAGCAUUAUACUCGAUAAUCGAGAGCAGGAGAUACAAGUUGAGCAAAAUGAUUCGACGACCAAUGACGUCAUCACAACGAUGGGUACAGUGGUUUCCGAGGAAGUUGGUAGUUUGGAAGUCGCUUUCCUGUAUGAUGCCCCAAUGCGUGAGAUGACAGUUCACGUCUUACAAGGGCGGAAUUAUCCUCCUGGCAUUAAUGGCAGUCAGGUGCGACUAGUUCUGUUACCAUCAAAAAAACAAAGACGUAAGACACGAGUUCGACAAGGGACAUCUCCUCAAUACAUGGAGAGUUUUUUGCUUCCUCGUGUAAAUCCAGAAGAUGUAAAUGCAAUGGGAGUACGACUCAGAGUAUAUCUGUGGGGUGGCAGAAUGAUGCGUCGGGAAAGAUUGCUGGGCGAAGCCAGAGUGUCUUUCGAUCACAUUAAUCUCCAGUUGGAAACGACCCUGUGGUUAACUCUUCAACCCCCACUUUCUUCCUCGGCACAGGAUUGGGGAACCACCAGUAGUCUAACUCGUAGCGAUUCCACGGGAUCUCAACAGUCGGUCCAGUCGUAUGCUUCUCCAGCUAUACCACCUUACGGCAGCAGCAUGAAGGGAGGCAGUGUUGCUGAAAUCCUAAUCGGUUUGGCGUACAACGGGACGACAGGCCGCUUAUCAGUUGAAAUAAUCAAGGGUUCCCAUUUCCGUGGUGGAGGCGGAAACGAUACGAAACCUCCCGAUACUUACGUCAAAUUGGCUCUUGUUGAUACCAAUAAUCAUGAAAUGGGCCGAUCUAAAACUGGUUUAAAACGUGCCCAACCGAAUCCCCUUUAUAAGGAGACUUUUAUAUUUCAGGUUGCGUUGUUCCAAUUGGGAGACGUGACACUCUACCUCUCUGUGUAUAAUCGUCGACGAGGUGGAAUGGGCAGAAAAGGACGGGAAAUGAUCGGCUGGCUCUGUUUGGGUCUUAACAGUUCCGGAUCUGAGGAGCUACAGCAUUGGAACGACAUGCGGAUGGCAAGGCAACCAGUACAAGUGCAACGCUGGCAUUCGCUACUGCGUCCUUGA